CCCGGUCCCGUCAUGGAGUCCAGCGGGACCCAGAGCUGCCCCGCCACCUGCGUCGCCUUCAGCCGCACCCGGAAGGGGCUGGUGCUCAUCGGCGAGAUCGUGCUGUGCCUGCUGACCCUGGUGUGUUUCGGGGCGUCCCGCACGGGUUACGUGGGGCUGGCAGUGGUGGAGCUGGUGUUGGCUGCGCUGGUGCUGCUGGCCUGGAGCUGCCGCCUGCCGCAGCGCAUGCAGCUGCUGCACUGGGGCUGGAGCGACUUCACACGCUGCGUCAUCGGGGGCGUGCUCUUCCUCAUCAUCUCCCUCAUCGUCAUCAUCAGCCACCGUGACGGGGCCGGCAUCGCGGGAGGGGUGUUCGGGCUCCUGGCUGGGAUCCUGCUGGGAUAUGACGCCUACAUCACCUUCCCCCUACGGCAGGGCCACACCGCCGCCCCCACUGAGUCCCCAGAGGGUGCCUGAACAAGCCAAGAACCCCAACGGAGCCCUCCCCAAACCUCGCCCUGCACAGGGGGACCCCCAGCCUUAAAUUAUUGAGGGGUCCCGACGCCUGGGUCCCCCCGGGUGGGGGGGCAGGGGGUCCCUCAGGGGUUGCCCCUCCCUCAAAUGCCUUUGCAAGUGCCUUGAACCGCCCGUGCCUCAGUUUCCCCCUGGGGACACCCCCUCAGGUUUAAAGGUGCCCUUGCCCUUCAUGGGUUUUGGGGUGCCCGCCUCAGUUUCUGGGGUGCCUCCGUUAGUUUUUGGGGUGUUCCCCCCCCGCGCCUCCCGCCCCCGCCCCCCGCUCCCCCAGCCUGCAGGAGGCUUUUGGGGGCAAUAUAUUGGGAAA